ACACAGAUAGAGAGAGAGAGGGAGAGAGAGACACACACAGAUAGAGAUAGAGAUAGAGAGAGAGGGAGAUAGAGAGAGCAGUGCAGCAGCGGCAGCAGCAGCAGCUCGUGCACUCGGCGGAAGAGCAACACGACGAGAAGUCACCGAGAAACUAAAGAACUAGAACACCACGGAACUCUGAGCUGCUCAGGUCGAGCAACAGCGGCACGAGCAGCAACAGCACCGACACUCGAAGGCUCGGGCUCGGACACCUCCCGUCGGUCGGUCGGUCGGCUGAAAAGUGAAGAGGAACCACAUCCCGGUGCUCGGCAGGUGUCAGCGGGAGGAUGGCGGACUCGGUGGCGGUGGCGGCGGCGGCAAACAGCGACGGGGAGGACGGGCCCGUGCGGGGCUUCGCGCGCCAGGGAGCCCUCCGCCAGAAGAACGUGCACGAGGUGAAGGACCACAAAUUCAUCGCGCGCUUCUUCAAGCAGCCCACGUUCUGCAGCCACUGCACGGACUUCAUCUGGGGGUUUGGCAAGCAGGGAUUCCAGUGUCAAGUGUGUUGUUUCGUGGUCCACAAGCGCUGCCAUGAGUUUGUCACCUUCUCCUGUCCCGGAGCUGAUAAAGGACCUGACUCAGACGACCCGAGGGCGAAGCACAAGUUUAAGAUCCACACCUACUCCAGCCCGACCUUCUGUGACCACUGUGGCUCUCUGCUCUACGGCCUCUUACAUCAGGGCAUGAGAUGUGACCAUUGCAUGAUGAACAUCCAUAAGCGCUGUGUUGCCAAUGUGCCGAGCCUGUGUGGGACAGACCACACUGAGAGGAGAGGUCGCAUCCAGAUCACAGCUGAGGUCAAGACCAAUGUACUCACUGUUACCAUCCAAGAGGCGAGGAAUCUGGUUCCCAUGGACCCCAACGGUCUCUCGGACCCCUACGUGAAGCUCAAACUGAUUCCAGACCCCCGCAGCGAGAGCAAACAGAAGACCAAGACCAUAAAGUGCUGUCUGAACCCCACCUGGAAUGAGACCUUUAAAUUCCACCUGAAGGAGUAUGAUAAGGACCGCCGUCUGUCGGUGGAGAUAUGGGACUGGGACCUGACCAGUCGCAACGACUUCAUGGGAUCGCUGUCCUUCGGCAUCUCGGAGCUCCAGAAGCUGGGAGUGGAUGGAUGGUUCAAGCUGCUCUCCCAGGAAGAGGGCGAGUACUUCAACGUCCCCGUGCCUCCGGAGGGGGAGGAGGGCAACGAGGAGCUCCGCCAGAAAUUCGAGAGAGCUAAGAUUGGUCCAGGCAAGAGCAUUGAGGGGAAGGCGGCCAAUGCUGCGGCCCGCUUCGACACCAAUGGAAACCAGGACCGCAUGAAGCUGAAUGACUUUACCUUUCUGAUGGUGCUGGGAAAGGGCAGCUUCGGCAAGGUGAUGCUGGCGGAACGUAAGGGGACGGAGGAGCUGUACGCUGUGAAGAUCCUGAAGAAGGAUGUGGUGAUCCAGGACGAUGAUGUGGAGUGCACCAUGGUGGAGAAGAGAGUGUUAGCGCUGGCUUCAAAACCCCCGUUCUUAACACAGCUGCACUCCACCUUCCAGACCAUGGACCGUUUGUAUUUUGUCAUGGAGUACAUAAACGGUGGAGAUCUCAUGUAUCAGAUUCAGCAGGUCGGCAAGUUCAAAGAGCCACAUGCUGUAUUCUAUGCUGCCGAAAUAGGCAUCGGUCUGUUCUUCCUUCAUCUAAAGGGAAUCAUCUACAGAGAUCUGAAGCUGGACAAUGUGAUGCUGGACUGCGAGGGCCACAUUAAGAUCGCUGACUUCGGCAUGUGUAAAGAGAAUAUGAACGAUGGAGUCACCACCAAGACCUUCUGUGGAACCCCCGACUAUAUAGCUCCCGAGAUCAUAGCCUACCAACCUUAUGGUAAAUCUGUGGACUGGUGGGCCUUUGGUGUGUUGCUGUAUGAGAUGCUCGCUGGGCAGCCUCCAUUUGACGGCGAAGAUGAGGAUGAGUUAUUUCAGUCAAUCAUGGAGCAUCAUGUCUCCUAUCCAAAGUCGAUGUCCAAGGAGGCUGUCGCUAUCUGUAAAGGGCUGAUGACGAAGCAUCCAGCCAAGCGGCUCGGCUGCGGCCCGGAGGGCGAGCGCGACAUCAGGGAGCACAGCUUCUUCCGCUACAUGGACUGGGAGAAGCUGGAGAACAAGGAGGUGCAGCCGCCAUUCAAACCCCGAGCCUGCGGACGGGAAGCUGAGAACUUUGACCGUUUUUUCACGCGCCACCCGCCCGUGCUGACCCCUCCCGACGCCGAAGUGAUUCAGAACCUGGACCAGGAAGAGUUCCAGGGAUUCUCCUUUAUCAACACGGUGUUCCCAUCAGCUGCUGCCACCCCCGCUGCUGCUGAGAAGGCUUGAUUUCAGCUCAUGCACAGACACACGGACACACUCACACAAACACACAAAACCAUUCCUGUACUUUGGAAUACACACAUACACACUCACAUAUAUACUUACAUAACAUAUCUUAGAAUUUUUUUUUGUUGUCACAAUCACCAAGAGGCCACGACCUGACCACAGACAGACACACACACACACACACACACACACACAAACACACACACACGAUGUUCACACUGUUGCAACCUGGUUCUACUUUCCUCAGUUUACACUGAAUGUUUUGCAGCUAUGAAACUAAAUGUAGAAUGUUUGGUUCUUGUGAACAUUAUAUCUCAAGAACAUCCUGAGGGAAUUUGGUACAAAUGUUCAUUUGGAUGAAAGGAUGAAGUGAUUUGAUUUUUGUGGUCAAAGGUCCCAGUGACCUCAUAGGUGUACUGCACUGAUUGGUGGAGGCAUACAACCUCAGGCUGGUGACUCUCAUGUCAUGCUUCCACCAGAUAAAAAUUUUGACUCUGAGCUGGUUUAAUUUGCCCUGAACUUUCUGAAAGCAUUUUUCUUCUGAGAUGUUUUUACUGCUAAAGCCCAGUGUGUGUAAAACUGUUACAUCAAACCACAAAAAACAUCUUGAGGUAAAUGAAUAGACUCAAAUUUUCAGCCGGUUGUGUUAACGGUGUGAACAUUGUGUUUGUGUGUAUUUCACCAAACAUAACUGGAAUCAGUGUUAUGAGAUUAAUGGUGACCAUAUAAAAGUUCAUUAAAUGUCAAAUUUACCGUGAGGGACCAAGAUGUGUGGAUAAUAAAAGCAGCAUUGUAAAAAUGCAUAAUUAAAAAGAAUAAAUAGACCAAAAUAAAGUUAGAAGGAACUUGAUUUAAACAAGUGACGAUUCCUCCAGCAAACACAAAUACUCAACUGCAUAAUUUUACAUCUAAUAUAGUUUCAUCUUAAACUUCUUUUUUUUCAUUCCUGGGCUCUUCCAACGCGUUUUGAGUUAGGCCUGUUACUCUGCUCUGCUUUUAUUCAAUGUAUAACAACAAUAAUUGUCUCUUUAUCCUUAACUUAGCUAAAGCUGGAAUGCUUGACAUACUGUGCAUGAGUUUCUAUAUUAGUAAGAUAUAGUAACAGCCAAAGACUCUGUGACCCAACCACAUUUUAGCAUCAUCUCUCAGCACCUCGCUGAUCUUCUCCGUUGUUUUUGAAAUAAGUAUUAAAAGAAAACAUUGGGAUAAACAAGGUGAGAUCAGAGUUGUGCGACGAAGGACGAAUAUAAACACAAAUAUCAGAUUGUCUGUGUGUGUAUUUGCCUAAAUCAUGAUGGUAAAGUGCAGUCGGGAAGUUUAGUCUUUAUUUGGGCUCUGAGUUAAAUAGAAAAUAAAAACUUCUUACUCACAUUUAUAGUUAUCUAGUAUUUUAAGCAAUGAGAGACUAUAGCGGUUAGUUUCUUUGUGUUAAGCAUGAUUCCGAUACCUGGGCAUUCGUUUACCGUGUGUGUUUAUGUGAGAGCAUUGCACUUCCUGUAUGUGUCCCUACCACUGGCUCCUUGUGUUUACAUCUGUUUGUGUGAUGAAUGUCACCCCCCCCCCUCCCCCCACGGUCUAUCUACCAGUGUUACAAAGAUCCACUUCACUUCCAAGUGGCUUCAGAGAGAUUAGGAGGAAAAACAAUACAGAUAUGAUAAACAUCUAUAUGUGUGUGAGUCAACACGACCGCCUCGUCUCGAUGGGACAGAGCUCUUUCUAUAGGGAACCUCUGGCAAAAGAAUGAAACCAUAUCAGACGUACUCGUCUUCAAUUAAAGAUCUGAAAUGAUGAAGCUUUUGGCAGAAGGCUUUUGGCUUGAGGCUGUUUCCGACCGCGGUGUCGUCGCAGUUCCCUGUACAUAGCUGAUCACAGGAUAUUGUUGCUGUGGACUAACUUUAUAAGCUGUUCUCAGGGGCCCCCUCUCAGCUCGGGGGCCCCAACCUGCUUUGCCCCCCCCCCCCACCCCCACCCUUGUUGCAAUAGCCCUGAACGCUGGUGAAAGUUUUUAAUGUGAAGGUGUGCACAGCGUGCCACCCUACUUUUUUCUGAUUUUGAUUUUUGAUCAUGUGGGAACAGGAUUUGAACUUCGCCUCACGGUGUUGUUGUUGUUGUUGUUGUUUUUUAUUAUCGUAGCUUUCCGCAUCCGCAAUAAGAGUUUCCAUCGUGACCACAGCGGCCGUACACGUGGACACUGGUUACCACUCAGCUUCAGCAGCAGCAAGGCGUCUGUGUUUUGUCUUUUGUUUUCUUUUAGCUAGCAAUAAUCUCAAUGACAGGGAGGAAGUGAGGUAUUCACAACUGGACACACUGUAGGACUGACUCAGGUUAUAGGAGUGUAACUGACUAACAUGUGCUUUUGAAGCAUAUUCAUCUCGGCCAGAGACAGAAGUGCAGCUAAAACUCACUGGAAAAACCUGAUGACCUUCAUAUCGUACUCCUCUUCAUCACAGAGGGACACCAGGCAGGCUGUGAACUAUCAGGUCCACUGGCGUUUAUCAGUAGUACUGGGAUGAAGUUUUCUACAUGUUUACAGCUGAAGACGUCUGUUUCGGUUAUUUCUAUGGCACGGUAGGAAUUAGAGGUGUUCAGGGGUCUGUUUAGUUCAGAGGACCCAGACUCAGAAUCUGCAUCAGACCAGAUCCUGCUCAGUUCUCAGAUCUGUGUCCGGAUGAAUCGACUUUGUCUUAUCUGAUUUUAGAUUUGUUCAUUGGACCUUAUCGUUGUACUGCAGUUACUCGUUCAUGGAAAGCAUUCGGUGUUGAUUCUCUCUCUCCGUGUUCGGGUGAACUUCGUGUCGGAUCAGGUGCGACUGCGCUCGGGUCACAUUGUGUCUCCGGACCUUCUCCAGAGUUUUCCUCUCACGCAUGAACAACUCGGCAGGAGAUUCUCCGCUCGGACGAGUUCUAGAGCUCGCAGUGAUUCUUGCGGAGGUUCUCCUGCUGUGUUCUCCCUCGAGCUGACGUUCUCCAGAUCUGGAGUUUUUACAGUUGGGCUGGCAGGAGAAACUCCGGUGAAAGUCUGGAGCCACUCACUCGUACGUCGGCUUUUUUCACUUAUACCCACAACGAAGAAUGUCUGUAGAUUAUCCAGAGCUCAGUGCCUGUCUGAAAGCAACUGAGUCAAACUGACAGGAAUGGGAGUCACUAUCUCCACUAGUAUGAAACUGACUAUUGUGAAAAUAAUAUAUCUAUACUAUAUCUAAAUUUAACAAUAAAAUAAAAUAAAGUAUUAAGAUUAUUUCACAAUAGAAAUGUUGGAAUUUUUAAAAGAAUUUCCCCUUUUUAACUUUAUUGCAAAAGCUAAAUGUGCUCACAUAUAAAUAUCUGAUAGAUAAAGUUCCAGUUUUCCAAACAGAUCAUUUUCCAUCAGCUACAUCUUAGAGUAAAAACACUGAGCUAUAGAUUUAUGCUGUGAAUAUUUCUACCUUAGAGUCAAAUCAAUGUGGAUGACAUCGUUCCUGUUUAUGAUCUCCAGUCUAAAACUUUAAACUACGAUUUGACGACUUACAACUCAUUCCCUGUCCAUUAUAUCUGUGUCGGUGUUCAUUACAAUUAAUGUUCCCCCUGUGUUAUAAAAGAAAUACCUAUAUCUAUAUACACAUAAACAUAUAAACUGUGUCAAAUGUUGAUAGAUACAUAUAAUAUACACUGUCAGUAUUAUAAAGAACUAGAGGAAUAGAAGUCUUACUCCAGGAUUUGUGCUUUUGUCUCUAUGACUCCUUCCUGCUGAAGGAGAAGCAAAAUGAAAUCUGCAUGACGACUGUUUUUGUUUGACCUUUUUAUUAGUUAGGAUUUAUAUACACUUAACAUAUUAGGGUGAUCCAUGUUUUCCUUGUCAGCGGUGUUUCAGAAGUGUGACGCGAGCCGAAAAUAAUGAAAUCUGUAAAAAAGAGGAUAAAUGCUUCUCACAGUGCUUUCCAUGUGCCAUUUUUUGUUUUCCAGGAAAAAACAGGUAUACCUUAAAAAAUAAAUAAAGGAUUUAAAAGAUUA